AUGGAAGAUAAACCUGAGCAAACUCAAGUACCGACUACGUCAGUAGCGGCUACGCAGGGUACCCGAGUACAAGUAACAAGCGAGAAGAAGAAGGACCCGAAGAGAGUAGCCGCAGGAAAACGGUUAGCCGCUAUCAGCAAAAUAGCAAAGGAGAGGAAAAAGAAACUUGCGGAACCUAAGGAGUCAUCUAAUAAUGACAGUAUGAUUACCUACAUAGGAGUAGCCAUUGCACUAGCAUCCUUAGUGCUAGCAUAUAAGUCACAUCAAGGAGAAACCAGGAAACCGGAACCCCAGCACACCCCUGAGACUGUGAAAGUAACCAGGAAAGUUGACGAGUCAAAGUUAGAUUCACUUGAAUGA